AUGCGAAGUGGGAUUCCAAAUUUCUGUGCGGUAGCUCUAGCACUCCAUGACUUAGGGUACAAGGCAUCUGGUAUCAGAUUAGACUCUGGUGAUCUAGCCUAUCUGUCUAUUGAAACUCGAAAAGUUUUUCAUGCAAUAGAAAAGGAAUUCAAUAUACCUGGUUUCGGGAAGAUGAUCAUUACUGCUAGCAAUGACCUGAAUGAGGAAACAAUUGAUGCUCUGAACAAGCAGGGUCAUGAAGUUGAUGCCUUUGGAAUCGGAACUUAUCUUGUAACGUGUUAUUCCCAAGCUGCUCUUGGAUGUGUCUUUAAGCUAGUUGAGAUCAAUAGUAGACCUCGUAUCAAACUUUCUGAGGAUGUGGCAAAAGUCUCUAUUCCAUGCAAAAAGCGGUGUUUCAGAUUGUAUGGAAAAGAAGGCUAUCCGUUGGUAGACAUCAUGAUACGUGAAAGUGAACCAUCACCAAAGGCAGGAGAGAGAAUUCUUUGCCGCCAUCCGUUCCUUGAAUCCAAGAGGGCUUAUGUUGUCCCCCAGCAUGUUGAGGAGCUGCUACAUUGCUACUGGCCUGGGAGUUCAGAUAAACCUAGAGCAGAGUUGCCCCCGCUGCUGAAGAUCAGAAGCCGCUGUAUGCAACAGCUCGAAAAACUUCGACCGGAUCACAUCAGACGGCUAAAUCCGACACCUUACAAGGUUGUGAUUUUGAAAUCUUCAUUUAUUUACAUUUGUUUGUUUCUUACCAUAUCACUUGAGUCGUAA